UUCCGUGACGGAAGAAAAAAAUAGACGGAACUUCCGUCCGGGAUGCUCCUUCACGGUGUUUACUGUUUUUUUUUCUACAAGGUUGAAAAAAAGAAGCGGAUAAACGUAUUGGAAUUUGUUGUGCCCACCUCUAACAGCACAGCAAAUGUUAAUGGCGAAUAUUAACAAAAACGUGGAGCCAGCACGUCAAACAGCGACUGGAUGCAGCAGAGGGAGAAAUCUGAGAGAUUUACUCUGAAACAUCAGCCGCACACUCAGCAAGAGCUUUCACGUUUAACGGAAAAUGAGCAACGGAGGAAAAAGUCCCCAUGAUCAGCUGGGCAUGCUAGAUGUUCAGCAGACGGUGUUGAAUAAAGAAGCAGCUCCUAAAGAACUAAGCCCUGGUGUGAGCCAGAUGGACCUGGAGACCCUCAACGUGAAGGAGGAAGAGGAGGAGCCACUUCAUGAGAUGAUGGAGACUUAUGCCACCAGGAUAUCAUGCACUGCAGGUUCUUGUCAGUGUGAGGAGGAUGAAGACAAAUUUCUGUUGUCACAGUUCAAUCAGCAACAGGCUACUGACCGAGAUCUUCCAACCAGCAGCUUUUCUGUCCAGAUCAAAGGAGAAAGUGGUGAAGAGGACUGUGAAGGAGCAGAAAGUACCAGGAAUGCAGAUCUAAAUCCUUAUGAAGAUGAUUCCAACUCUUCUGGGACUGAUUUCAGUGAGAAUAAAGAUGACCAGGAAGAGAACAUAUGUGACUGUCAGCUGAAAUCCUUGUCAGACUCUGAGCCAGAAACUGAAGACAGUCAAAAAGAAUGGAACGAGAGUGGGUCAUCUGAGUCAGAUGUUAAGGCUGUGAACAAAUCUUUAAGCUGCCCUGAGUGUGGUAAACGUAUUUUCCACAAAGGGUCUCUCCAGAAACAUGUGAGAGUGACAAGUUAUUCAGCAAUGAGGUCUUCAAGAUGUUGGGAAAAUAAAAAAGGUGUUGGAGUGGAGCAAAAUGUAGACUCAUGCAGGAAAGUCCAGAAGCAACUAAAAUCAUUUAGUUGUGAUGAUCGUGGAUUUUCUUUUAGCGAUGAAUCAAAACUUAACAGUCACAUGAGAGUCCACACAGGUCAGAAACCUUUUGCUUGUGAUGUUUGUGGACAAAGAUUUGGCUAUAAGGCACAUUUUAUCAGUCACAUGAGAGUCCACACAGGUCAGAAACCACUUGCUUGCGAUGUUCCUGGACAAACAUUUAGUGAAAACUCAAAUGGACACCUGCAAGUCCACACUAAACAGAAACUUUUUAUGUGUGAUGUUUGUGGACAAAGAUUUAACUGUAAGCCACAUUUGAUUGGUCAUAUUAGAGUCCACACAGGAGAGAAACCUUUUUCUUGUGAGGUCUGUGGACAAACAUUUAGUCAGAAGACAGCUUUAAUAACUCACAUGAGAGUCCACACAGGACAGAAACCUUUUGUGUGUGAGCUUUGUGGAAAAAGAUUUAGCCAAUUGGCAAGUUUAAACAGACACAUAAGAGUCCACACAGGGUAUAAACCAUAUUCUUGUAAGUUCUGUGGACAAAAUUUUUUCCAUAAGACACAUUUAAACAGACACGUAAGUGUCCACACAGGACAAAAACCUUUUCCAUGCGAUGUUUGUGGAAAAGAAUUUAACCAAAAGACUAAUUUAAACACUCACAUGAGAGUCCACACAGGACUGAAACCUUUUGUGUGUGAUGUUUGUGGAGACAGGUUCAGGCAUAAGGUCAGUUUAAACACACACAUGAGAGUCCACACAGAAAACAAAACAGAUUUAACUACAAGGGUUCCUACUGGUACAACUUAAUGUUCACAUCCUAGAUUUCGGUUUUGUGCUUCCAGCGGCAGCUCUUUCUCCUAGAUCAAUCCAGGUUCUGGAAGGCUACUAGCAUGUGCUAGUUUCCCUGCUACACUAUUGACCCUUUGCACGUGACAUCACACCACUCAUGGGACUGCCCCCUUCGCCAUGAUGGACGGCAAAAAGACCGUUUACACAUUUAGAAACUCCGGUGAAGCUAGUCAAAACAAGCCCGUUUGUAGCCUUUAAUCACUUAUUUAGUUGGUUUCACAGUAAAAUGGUAACAACUUGCUACUUGGCUGGCUGCACUAACAGACAAGAAUGUAAAGUCAACUUUUUUUUCUUCUUCUUCAAAUAACGUUGAUCGAGACUGAGGACGGAGAUGAACUGCAGCGAUCAAUCAAACGGACUAGCAGCCCUCAGGUUUACAGUGAACAUGUUUUUACUGGGUAUGGUUAAUGUUUAUUUAUUUCAUGACGAAGACGGGGACAGGGACAAAUGUGUGCGUUCUUCUGAUGGAUGGAUAUUCCACCAUGGAGGAUGCGCGGUACCGUCCACUGUAGUGAAAUGCGAGAUAAUUAAUUACAAUAUUGCUCCAAUGUAUUUUUACGUGUGUUAAAAUUACGUUUUUUUAGUAUGAGUGUUGCCGUUAAGAGAGAUCUUGUCUCAUCCUGGUGUGAGAGCAGCAGCUGAACACGCGGUGACACCACCAGCAACAAAAACUAGUAGGGAUCCGGACGUUUCAGCUUCAGUGUAAAGUGAAACACUGUUUAUAACAUAAUGUUAUAAAUCCAGUCGGUUGAAUUUAGUCAAAGUAGGCAGCUUGUUUACAUCGGUGAACAGCUGCAGAGAGAACUUAAGCUAACGUUCGUAAGCUAGUUAAUAACAGUUAACUUUUGCAAAUAACGCUCUCUAUGAGCCCCAUCUAGGUGUGCUACCUCUUCAGAUAACUGAACAUGGGCUUGAACUAGUAGAGGGAAUGGUAAAGAUCGCAAAAAUCAAUUUCAGGCUCUACGUUUCCCUUUGUUUAGUACUUAUGUUGCUCACUGUUUACACGCUUUUGCCGUCCAGUAUGGCGGACCCACGUGAUUAGGUGACGUCGGUGCAAAGGGUCAAUACAAAGGUUAGAUUCAAUUCAAUGGUUAAGUCACCUGGUCAGCAAUUCAUCAAGCUCUGAAGAAGUCAUCACUUAUUAAUAUCAGGUGUGCUGGAGCAGGGAGGAAACAAAAACAUGCAGUAAUUUUCCAUUUUCACUUGUGGUAAACUCCUGUCCUAUUAGGGGGUGCGUGAGUGUGUCCAGCAGUAGCAUGUCUUCUUAAAGCGACAGCCCUGAAACCGCUCAUUCUGGAAGGAUCUGAACUCCAAUAUGAAGUUCAUGAUGCCUGUUCUUUCUAUACUUAUAAGUUUUUUCUAUUUGACAAUAAGUUUUUUGGGGGUAAAAAAAAAAAAAAGGUGGAUCGUUCUUCACCUGUACCAACAUUUUUGGCUUCUCACUUGAAGCCUUCAUGAGUUGUCAACUGUAUAGACACUGACGUGGCUUAUAUCCGGAACCCCUGUGCACGUCAUGUGGAGGGGUGAGAGAAUCUGUCGGGUCUGAGCGUCCUCCCACAUAUGAUCGGCGUUGCCUUGAUGAGUGUGUCCCAAGUGUUGGACAGUUUACAAGCCACCUCGUCUGUUGAUAGUUUUUGGUUCAUGUUCUAUUCUCUGAUUUGAAUGGCUUCUUUUAUCCAUCUUUUGUAUUUGUCACUUCCUCUUCCUACAAUGCAGAUGUUUUCCCAGUCCUUUAUGUUGUUGUUUUGCUUGCAGUGAUUGGUAAUUACAGAUUAGUGUCUCUUUUCCGUGGUGUGUCUUUUGUGUCUGGUGAGUCUAGCCUGAGUUUCUUUUUUGCCAUCUUAACGAUGUUUUGUUGGUUCAUGUGCCGAGGGACCUUCCAGUUUCUCCGCUGUAGCAUUUGUUGCAUGUGCAGCUGGGUACUUUAUAGUCUACCGUACAUUGCAUAGUUCUUGUUCAUUUUUCCUUUCGGAUGUACAAAUAAGUGUUUUAAUUUCUUAUGAAUUUUGGCUGUGGUGCCUAUGUGGUGUUUAUGUUGGGUCCUUCUGACCCGCUCAGUUAUUCCUUGUAUAUAUGGUAUUUUUACAGUUUUCUUUUAAUUCUGAAUUCACCGUUCAAUUAUGAACACGUUUUGUGUAGACCAUAGCACUUUUAGAACUUGAAGAAAAAUGUCAUGUGUUCCCUUUAAAGUCAUAACUACAGCUUUUGUUUUUCUGAAAAGUUUACCAUUGGUGUAAAAAAAAACAAGGUAAUUAUGGUGUAUGCCGCUUAUGAUGUCUUUUCCUGAUUAGAAAGAGGCAGUGAAUACUCCAAAAAGUAGUUUUUAAUUCAGAUUUAAGAUUCCUGUCUACUUCCUAAAGAGACUCUGGAAAACGGAAACAAUGGAAAAUGUUUUUUCAUGUUGUAAUUUUAAAAUGUUGCCCCAGUUCAAAUAAAAAAAUUCUGUAUACCAUUAAUUGAACUGCUAUAACAUCAGGUACAUUAAAAUACUGUAAUCUGAAGAAGAAAACCAGUUGAAGUCAAGGAAGAAGAGACUCAUCUAAAGCUCAUUUAUGAAGAACUAAAGUUCAGUUUACAUUUCUACAGCUUGCUAUCACCCUCUUUUUGUAGUUUGAUGACAUUACAACAAGUAGUUGAAGAACCUGUUAUAAACAUUAAGAAAUAGACGAUUAAAUGGCAUUAAUACACAU